AUGGCUGUUAUAAGAAUUAAAAAACCCAGAGGACCAGGAGAGAAGGAUCAACCAUUAGAAGGCGAGCCUAAACUAAAGAGAAUUCGCAUAAAGACAAAGGUAACUGAUGAAGAUAUCAAACCAAAGCCUAAAUUAAAGAUAAACCUAAAGAAAAAGAAAGAGAGUGCUGACGGCAAAGAGAAGAAGAAUUCAUUGAAGUUAAAGUUAAACUUGAAAAAAAAUGAAGAACCAGUUAAGAAGAUACACAAGGCGCCAAAGCUACGUCUCAAACCUAUUAGAAUUCCUGGGGAAGCGUACGACUCAGAAGCCUCUGAUAUUGAAGAUGACCCUCUCAUAGAGAGUGGUGUGAUAUUAAGGAUACUUCCAGACAUACAGUUAGAGUUUGUAAAAAAUUCGUUAGAAUCAGGUGAUUAUUCUGGGAUAAGUAUCAAGUGGAAAAACGAGAGACACGCUGUCGUAACAAUAAACGAUGUAAUGUAUGGUGCCAUUCUAGUAGAUUUGCCUACAGUUAUAGAAGUGAACAAGAGCGUCGAUAGAAAAAACCUCCUGAAGACAUUUGACGUAUCACAAAUGCUACUAUGCAUAAGACCUAUACAAGAAGAGGAAGAAGUAUAUGCCCUAGAAGCCCCUGAUACAGAAGAUCUGGUUGUUAAGCAUUUUGAAGGCAUAGAGGAUGAAAUUUGGGAGAAUAAAGAAACCUUCUUAAAAGGAUACAAUGGUGCGCCUUUAAGUGAUAUGGAGGCUAAACAUUUGAAAGAAAUAGCUUUGAAGGGCUAUGACUACAAACAUGGAAUAUCACCACCUUUGUACAAUGUUCGAAAUAGACGAUUUAGACGGAAAAUGGACCCUAAUGAAAUAGACUAUGUAGAAAAAGUGGUUGAUAUGCUUUUGAAGCAAGAUAAACAGGCAGAAGAGGUCAGCUAUGAUCUGGUUGAUAAAAGUGAACUGCAAGCGAGGCAAGAGCGUGUUUCUAGUUGGGAAAAUUUCAAAGAGGAGCCUGGAGAGCCUUUAUCUAGACCUGCUUUAAAGAAAGAAGAGAUACACACAAUUGCUUCGGCAGUAGGAAAACAAGGUGCAGAAGAAGAGGGAGAAGAAGGAAUGGAAGAAGAAGAAGAGGAGGAUCUUGACCUAGGCGCUGCUUUUGAAAGUGAAGAGGAAGGUAGCGGUGCCGAGGGAGACAAGGAGCAACAACAAGAGGAAGUCGGUGAUGAGGUGGAUCAAGACACAGGCGGAGAAGAUGAUGACGAUGAUGACGACGGUGACAUUGAAGCUGCUGGUGGGGAAAGUGAAUCUGAUGACGAAAAAGACGAAAACAGACAGCACACUGAAUUACUUGCGGACGAAUUGAACGAACUAGAGACCACCCUGGCCCAUACCAAGCAUAAAUUAAGUAAAGCCACGAAUCCUCUUUUGAAAAGCAGGUUCAUAGAUAGCAUUAAAAAGCUCGAGAAGGAGGCUGAACUAAAACGUAAGCAGUUACAACAAACCGAAGAUUCUGUCCAGAAACAACAUCAACAUCGCUCUGACGCAGAAACUGCAAAUAACGUCGAGGAAGAAGAAGAGGAAGAGGAAGAAGAAGAGGAAGAGGAUGAAGUGGACGAAGACGAGGAGGAUGACGAAGAAAACGAUGAGGACGAGGAUAAUGUGCAUGAACGGGAACACAUACAAGAGAACAAGGUGGUGCGCGAACUUGAUGAAGCCCCCGCAGAGGAAACACUCGACCAGAACGAUCUCGAUAUGAUGAUGCUAUUUGGUGCAGAGGGUGAUGAGUAA